CCAACUCACUAAUAACAUUCACAAGAAAACCACUCAUAUCUCUAAUGGCAACUACUACUCUCACUCUUUUCCUAGGGCUUUUAGCCCUAACGAGUACCCUUAGCUUCAACGCUGAAGCAAGGCCUCAACCAAGUGAUGAGGAUCUCGGUCUCGUCAUUGGACCUCACGAUACAUUUGAAGACGACCUUGGCCUCGUUAUUGGACCGGGAGAGAGCGAACCGCAAGUCAACCUAGAUGAUGAUGACUUGGGCACCAUCAUUGGACCCGAGUUUGAGGUCCGCAAGAGUGAUUUCCCUGACGAUUUCAUCUUUGGAACAUCCGUUUCCGCAUAUCAGGUUGAAGGUGCUAAAAAGGGAUCAGGGAGAGGUUUGACAACAUGGGAUGAAUUUACACACAUGUUUCCUGACAAAGUUGAACAAGGCAGUGAUGGAGAUAUCGGAGUCGACUUCUAUACCCGUUACAAGGAUGAUAUAAAACUAAUGAAGGAGUUGAGAACAAAUGGGUUCAGAUUUUCAAUCUCAUGGACAAGAGUAUUGCCUUAUGGAUCGAUAGAGAAAGGAGUCAACGAAGAGGGGGUGAAGUUCUACGACGAUCUUAUAAAUGCACUUAUAGCUGAUGGCAUUCAGCCAGCGAUUACUCUAUUUCACUGGGAGUCUCCACUUGCUCUAGAGAUGAAAUACGGAGGUUUUCUAAGCGAAGAAAUGGUUGAGGAUUUCCGGAAGUUUGCAAAGUUCUGCUUCGAUAAAUUUGGAGAUAGGGUUAAGAACUGGGCAACAUUUAACGAGCCAUCGGUAUAUAGUGUUGCUGGUUAUUCAAAAGGUAAGAAAGCGCCAGGACGGUGCUCUCCAUUUGAAGUCAUCAAAUGCUCCUCAGGAGAUUCAUCCGAAGAGCCUUACAGAGUUGGUCGUAACCAAAUCCUUGCUCAUGUUGCUGCUGUUGAAGAAUUCCGAAAAUGUGAAAAGUGCCAAGAGGGAGGAGGAAAAAUUGGAAUAGUGUUGGUGUCUCACUGGUUCGAGCCUAAAGAUCCAAACUCAAGUAAAGAUGUCGAGGCAGCAAGACGUUCCCUAGAGUACCAACUCGGCUGGUUUCUUCGCCCUCUCGUGUAUGGACAGUAUCCAAAAGAGAUGCUAGAAGGUACCACAAGCCGAGUGGAAGCAUUUACACCAGAAGAAUCUAAGAGACUAAGAGGCUCUUUGGACUACGUUGGAAUAAAUUACUAUGGAGCAUUCUUUUCUACGCCACUCACUAAUGUUAAUUCAUCGCAGAUUAGUUAUCAUUCAGAUAUGCGUGUAAACUGGACAGUUGACCAAAACCAUUCACCACAUCUGAAGUCAACAUCAAUGGGGAUAGUGAUAUAUCCAGCGGGUUUGAUGAAUCUGAUGAGACAUCUCAAAGAUGAAUACAUGGAUCCAGAGAUUUACAUCAUGGAGAAUGGGAUGGACGAGCUGGACGAUGGGACCAAGACCGUUGAGGAAUCCCUAAACGACUAUGGGAGAAAAGAGUUCAUCAAGAGUCACAUCUUAAUUAUGGGCAAAGCCAUCAGGAUGUACAAUGUGAGGCUGAAGGGUUACUUCAUAUGGUCGUUAAUGGACAACUUCGAGUGGGAGAAAGGAUAUAAAAUCAGGUUUGGGCUGUACCAUGUCGAUUUCGAUGACAACAUGAAACGAUAUAUGAGGUCAUCUGGGAAAUGGCUAAGCGAGUUUCUUGAUUCAAAAGAGUCUCUCCAAAAAUGCUACUUCGAAGGCCAUCGUGAGAAAGGAUAUGCUCCUAAGCUAUCUGACAGAGAGAUAUAUGAUCGUGACAACUGGCGUAUUAGAUACACGAGUGAUGUUAUGUAAACAAAUGGCGAAACUAUGAUAUAAAGUUUGCUCACAAUAAUAAGAGUAAGAUCUGAGAUGGUCUUACUUAUGUUUUUAAUGUAAGUGUGUGUGUUUUUAUGUGUUUAUCAGUGUUUGUAUCCACAUGCCAUAGUGAAUAAGAUCAUGACCGAAUGUUUUCUUUUAA